AUCAAAAAUUAAUACAGACUAUAUGACUGAUGACGACGUGUGGAAAAAAACUGUUUCAAGCUCUGUGUGCUGGCCUUGUAUCAUCUGUUUGUGGUAGAGAGAGGAUCUGAUCCUUUGGGCAGUAUCAAACAACUUUAGCUGUUACAGUGGGGUUUUUUGUCUUCCAGUGCCUGUGUCUGUGCACUCUCUUAAGUGCUGAACAGCUCAAUCAUGGUUCUUCAGGUAGUCUGCUUUGCUACAGGGCUUGUUCCCCCACCAGCCUCAAUCUCCACAGAAAAUAGGUGGUGAUCUUAUUGAUGAAGUACAAUCAAUCUUCAUUCAGUCUCUCCUGGCUUGCUUAAAAUAUUUUUUCUUCAUGUGCAUGAUUUUUGAGGUAUCCCUUUUAAGCAAUUUGAAAAAAAAACACAAAAAAACCCAACAAACAACGAUGUAAAUUCCAUUGCACUGAAGUCCACAUGGGUCAAAGCUCUGGAGGUUGUAGGUUCACAGCAGACACGUGGCACUUGUGCUGAUGGAGUGACUGGUAGCAGCAGGACUUGGUCAUUCUUUAGAGGGGCACUAGAAGACCUUUUCUGACAGGCAAGAAACUCAGAUUUCCUGUGCUUUCUUGCAGGUUCUAGGGGGGAUUGUGUUUUCAUAGGCACAGACUUCUGCCUCUCUUUCCCAAGUGUAAUUUGAGCUACAUAAUCAUAUGCAACUUUUUUUUUUUUACCACUCCUGAUGUUACCUCCCAAAUGAGUAGAUCUUACUUACCAUUAACAGCCUUACUUUAUGCUUCUCAUCCUAGUCCUGCUUUUUCAUUUUGUCCCAACUCUCAUUGCUGCCUACUUUUUCACUGUCAUUGCUCGUCCAGCCAUCCCCAUUUGCUUUCUUUAUUCUUCCUCUGAUCUCUCUCCCUUCGUUACCCCUUGGAUAGCAUCUCAAUCCUCAUGUCCCUCUCAGAAUUCCUCAUCCAAAUGUCUUCACAGUGCUACCUGAUACUUUUGUUUCUAUGGCCCAAUUAUUUAGAUCUGUUGUGUCCCAUUUCUGUUUUCCAUCCAGCAGAUCCAUUUCCCCUUCUUAUCUCUUCUCCCCAAGCCACUGUUUUGUGGCAUGAUUAACUAGUUCUUGCUUUUUCCUGGUUCUCCUCUUACCUCCCAGUACCAAAUCCUAGUUUCCAGUCCCUUUAGCCGUACAGUCCCAAUCUGAUCUCCUUUGUGCUGCAGUUUUGUUGCUUACCUAGUACUAGUUACAGCUUCAACCCCUGCUUUUCCUUUGGUCCUACAUUUACCUCCUUAUUCCAAACUUUCCUUUUCUCUCCUCUGCACCUGAAUUGGAAAGUUCUGUUCUUGCCAGAACAAUCAUUAUAAACUCAGAAGAUGCAGGAUCCUUCCUCUUAGUUGCAGGGAAUGGGGAAAGUCCAGUUCUAUGUCUGUAGCCAUGAGCUGAAGAGAUAAACCCACCCAGUGGCUUGAUGAGAAGGAAACACAUAGUACAGUGUGCGCUGGGUACAUGGAAUUCUUAAAAGCCAACAACCAAACUCUUCAUUGAUGGGAAGUUUGUUGAGUCCAAAGCUACUGAAUGGAUUGAUAUCCACAACCCGGCCACAAAUGAAGUGGUUGGCCGUGUACCGAAAGCCACAGCCAGUGAGAUGGAGGCAGCUGUGGCUUCUUGCAAAAAGGCAUUUUGGAGCUGGUCAGAAACGUCUGUUUUGAGUCGCCAGCAAAUCUUCCUGCGUUACCAACAACUCAUCAAAGACAAUCUGAAAGAAAUUUCAAAACUCAUCACCUAUGAGCAAGGGAAGACCCUGGCUGAUGCUGAGGGAGAUGUGUUCCGAGGCCUCCAGGUGGUUGAACAUGCUUGCAGCGUGACAUCCCUCAUACUGGGAGAGACCAUGCCCUCCAUCACUAAAGACAUGGACACCUACACCUAUCGCCUGCCUCUCGGCGUGUGUGCUGGAAUCGCACCAUUCAAUUUCCCCGCCAUGAUUCCUCUUUGGAUGUUCCCUAUGGCUAUGGUUUGUGGAAACACCUUCUUGAUGAAACCAUCUGAGCGUGUACCAGGAGCACUCAUGUUCCUUGCCAAGCUGUUUCAGGAUGCUGGUGCCCCCGAUGGGACCCUGAAUAUCAUCCAUGGACAGCAUGAAGCUGUGAAUUUCAUUUGUGACCACCCGGAUAUCAGAGCAAUCAGCUUUGUGGGAUCUAAUCAGGCUGGCGAGUACAUCUAUGAGAGGGGAUCCCGGAACGGCAAGAGAGUCCAGGCCAACAUGGGAGCCAAGAACCAUGGUGUGGUGAUGCCUGAUGCCAAUAAAGAGAACACCUUGAACCAGCUGGUUGGAGCUGCUUUUGGAGCAGCUGGCCAACGCUGCAUGGCCCUGUCUACAGCAAUUCUAGUGGGAGAAGCUCAGAAAUGGUUGCCAGAGCUUGUGGACAGAGCCAAAAAUCUACGUGUAAAUGCAGGAGACCAGCCUGGAGCAGAUCUAGGGCCUCUAAUCAGUCCCCAGGCUAAGGAACGGGUUUGCAGUCUGAUUGAGAAAGGAGUAAAAGAAGGUGCUAGCCUUCUUCUGGAUGGACGUAAUAUCAAAGUGAAGGGCUAUGAAAAUGGCAAUUUUGUUGGACCAACAAUCCUUGCCAAGGUCAAGCCAGACAUGACUUGCUACAAGGAGGAGAUCUUUGGGCCGGUCUUAGUGGUUCUGGAAGCAGACACUUUGGAUGAUGCCAUUAAGAUGGUGAACAAUAAUCCCUAUGGAAAUGGAACUGCAAUCUUCACCACCAAUGGAGCCACAGCUCGGAAAUAUUCUCACUUAGUAGAUGUGGGUCAGGUGGGUGUCAACGUUCCAAUCCCAGUACCUCUGCCCAUGUUCUCUUUCACCGGCUCUCGUGCUUCUUUCAGAGGAGACACCAACUUCUAUGGCAAGCAGGGAGUGCAGUUCUACACACAGCUGAAAACGAUAAUUUCUCAAUGGAAAGAGGAAGAUGCCACCGUUACCAAGCCUGCUGUGGUUAUGCCAACUAUGGGAAACUAAAUCAGCCUUUACAGAUGUUGGUUUUGGUGCCCUUCUCCCUCUAUGCUGCACUUUCCAGUUUUGUCCCAACUGUAAUUGCCUUGGGAAUUACUAGAAGGCUCCAUUUUCUCAAGGACUUCUGUGUCUGUGCAGGUCCGGCAGGCUCAUGUAACACACAGUCUGAGUUUUCAAACCCUCUGAACUUGAACAUUACUCUGGUUUCUACUUAAGUAUCUUUAGCCUUAGUGAUUCACUCCUGGCUGCAUCUUGUAGCAGUUUUAUUUACCUUUUCACAAAUCUUACAUGUUAAGAUUUUGAAUUCACCUUACUCAAAGAUGAGUACUCAUUUUGAGUGACAUAACUGGGACAUUUUGGUUGUCUCGUAGAAGGGACUUUACAUACAAUGAAGACAGCAAGUUUGGGAGUUGAAAAUGUCAGUCUUUCGUCUGUUGUGACUGUUUCCAAAACACAUGGAGAAUAGCUUUCUAGGGAUUUUUCAAGUAAGCAUGUUUGAUUGCUUGUCUGAGGAUGAAAGAAACUCCUGUAUGGUACAGUGACCUUUACUGUGCCUCUGACAGCUUGAAAACUUCUGUUCCUGUUGUGCAUGUGGCUUCUGUUCUCCAGCUUGCUGUCAAUUCUGUCAUACCUGAAAGUUGUUUGGUGCCUUUUUACUCUGCUAACAGAUAUGGGCCUACAGGUCCUGUAACAAUGAAACUGUGAAAGCAGAAACGUAAGCAUGUACAGGUAUCUUCCUGUCACACCGUCAUGUGCAUCUGGGUGGACAGAAGAGUAAGGUGAUGGGUCAGCAGGAGGAAAGAACUCAUUUUUAAAUCACAAAGCAGCCGGGCCUGUUUUGUUGGUUUCUUUCCCUGACUAUAUAUUUCUUGUGAUGAUUAACACUUGCACAGAUACAGCCAUGUUCUCUAGGAACUGCAGGUCCCAUUACGAGAGAAGGAUGAGACCUUAUUUUUAAGAAUCUGCAUUUGGAGCUGGAGAGCCUGCAUUUUUAUUCCUGGUUCCUGAAAGAUAAUGCAGCCAUGAGGGAUCUGCAGGGAACUCAUUCAGGCACCCUUGGAAAAUAAUAUUAUUCUAAUGAUUGUAACCAUUACUUGUCCUAAUUAAACAACCUGAAUGUGAACACUUUGUAUCCUGCCUUCAGGUAAAGACGCCUUGUAACUGACAGGUAUUAGUGCAAUUGCUGUGCAUUCACAAAUGUUUGUAUCUUGGUUUUUUUCCUCUGCUGUACACUAGAGGGAAACUCUCACCUUGCAAUUUGAUUACAAAUUAAAAGCAUGCUAAUACAUUUCUAUAGAAUGACUGUUCCUUGGCAAGACACCAUAUAGGUGUGAUGUUGAAGAACUGCAACACUAUCCUUGUGUUUCCUCCAGACCUGUUCUAGAUACUUGUAUAAUCUUUCCACUUGAGUGCAAACAACUUUUCUGAUUAUCUGCAUUUUUGUAACAGCAUUUUUGAACAGAUGGUUUUAAAUAAUUGUACUAGAGAUACAAGUCUUUUAUCUGCCUUUUUUAGUCAAUGAAAUGCCUUUUAAGAUCAAGCUGCAGAUGCUGACUGAUCGUGAUGUACCUGCCUCAUCUCACGCUGCUACUGCUUUCUAUCUACCUGUUUAUGUUCCAUUUCAUUUCAACAUUCACUAUAAAAAAAUAAGCUAAAUAAUAUAUCUUCUAUAUUAUUCAAAAGUAUAAUCUAUUAAAAUGCUAUUUUAUAGUCAA